AUGGCUGCAAACGCGAUGGCCAAGUUUUCUCGAAUAUUUGGUCGCAAAUCCUCUGUCGUGAUAGGAAUGAUUCACGUACAAGCACUACCAGGUGAUAUAGUUAAGACAUUUGACGUUUAUUAGGGACCCAAUCACUGAAAACAACGUUCGCUAUAUAUGCCCUAUAUAUGUAAACUUACCUACACUGUAUAAACAACACAUGGCGUUUGUUUCACCAGCUGCAGGUUUUAACCUCCAUUUGAAUUAAAAACAGGAAGCGGCAUGAAGUUUGGAAAAAAAGUCACAGGUUGCUGAUCUCCUGCCUGGCAUUUCCUUCUGUUAAUACUUUGGUCUAAAGCGUGAAUUCAGAACUGUAUAUUUUAAGCUUUUACCGUAUAUAAAAUUGGCCUUUUCAAGACUUUUUAUGCCAUUCUAUAGUUGGGAAAUAAGAUUAAGAUCAUAAAGGAUAUAUUUCCUUUUUAUAAAUUCAUUAAGGUUAACAGCAGACACUCUGAAACUCUUAUUUUAGCAACGUUUAAUUUUUGUUCUAUGCUUUUCCCUUGCCUAAUGUUUUGUAAUGGUCUAUUUAGGCACCCCAAGAAAUCACCUUUCAAUGACAGAAAUAAUAAACAUGGCUUGCAAGGAUGCAACUCAUUACAAAAAUGCUGGUGUGGUAAGAAUUUGCCUUUGUGAUCUUGCAUGAACUGUUUGACUUUCAUGGUAGUUUGGAACCAGGCUCCACAGUGGGAAAAAUGACAAAAGAAAAAUAUCAAGCAAAGCGAACCGAGCGUUAGUCUGGGGAGGAGAGCGGGCAGCACCACCCUGCUUGUUGCUUUUGUUUUCUGUUCAGGUAAAUCCGCGAAAUCCUGUGAAAUUCACAAAAACAUGCAAAAUACCGUGAAAUUCAGUACAAAUCUUAUCAAAAUUAAUACAUGUCUGUAUAGCAUAUUUGAAACUUAUCUCAGCUAUUGGGGCUAUUUAAUUGCAGUAAACUUGCAAAUUUUUCUUGAAACUUCGUCUCUGAAACAUGCAAACAACGUCACCAAAUUACCAGGCGUAGAUUACGUUGCAAAAAACUGGGUACUAGCCAUGAUGUUUAAGGCUUUGCUAUUGGUUCAUUUCUGGAGCCUACUGUUGUUGAAAGAGCAAAUUUUGACCUCUGUUAGAAAAACGUUAAAAACACUGGUCUGAUCAGGGCAAAACUGAUUGAUUUCUAGCAAAUUUGCCCUGAAAAUAACCACAAAAUUGGCAGUUUUUACUGAUUGCUACUCGGCGAAGUUUGGCCCGAAAAUUUCCGCGAAAUUGGCCAAUUUUUCCAUGAAUUUGUCCCUAAAAUCCUGUGAAAUUUGACUGUUUUUUCCACAACCCAUCAGAAGCCCUGCGGUAUUUAGGAUUGACUGUAUGGGCUGUUGCCAAAUUUUCGUCAGACUGGAUCACUUCAACCCUUGUAACCCUAUACCCAAACUUUUGUCUUAAAAACGAGCCACAACAGUUGAUCUGAUCCAGUUCUCGUUGAUGCCUGACUGUUUGUCUGUUAUUUGAAUAGGAUGCCAUAAUGUUAGAGAAUAUGCAUGACAUCCCAUAUCUUAAUCGACAAGUUGGAUCAGAAAUUGUGGCCUCCAUGAGUGUUAUAUGUAAUGAAGUCAAAAAAGAGGUGAAGAAUUUGCCUUGUGGUGUGCAAAUUUUAGCAGGAGCAAAUAAGGAAGCACUUGCAGUGGCAAAAGCAGCUGGCUUGGAUUUUAUUCGUGCUGAAGGAUUUGUAUUCUCUCAUAUUGCUGAUGAAGGAACAAUGAACUCUGAUGCUGGUGAAAUUCUCAGAUACAGGAAACAAAUUGAGGCAGAUGAUGUUUUAGUGUUCACCGAUAUCAAGAAAAAGCACAGGUACAUUUAAGAAGAGAUUAGCCAGGCUAUUUCUUUAUCAAUUAAUUUUUAUCGUUCUUGAGUCAUCCAAGCUAGAAAAAAUGUCCUCCAGGGUAGCUGUAACAACAAUUAGGAGAAAAACACCUGUACAGUCGAACCUCCAUGUGGAACCCAGCUAGUAAGCAACCACCUCCCGUAAGCGACAACUUAUCCAAAACACCAAAAUUUUCCCUGUGAAAACCUUAUAGUUGGAACCUCUUGUAAACAACCACCUUUUGUAAGAGACUGGGACUACUUUUAAGGAUGAUGGUUUUAGAAUUUGCUAUUGCAUUUAACCUCUUCUAAGUGACCACCUGAUACAAUAGUCUCAUUUUUGUGUUCGGGGCAUGACAUUUGUGCUACACUACCCAGAGAAAUGAGAAGAACUCUUAGAAACAACCUGGAUUUACAUGUGUUGUAAAAUUUCCGAAAAAGUGGAUGUGUCCGGACUUCUCCACCUCACAUUGUUUUCAGAGUUCAAACAUAACCUCUUUGUCUUCUGCUGGGCCAUGUUUGUUCCUUACAAUAAUACUUAUACUGCCUCCAUAGCAAGAUAUCAAGUUGCAAGAUAAUAAUAAUUUAUUAAUAAAAAUAAUUUGUUAUAAUAAUAACAAUAAAAUUGGUUUUUAUUAUAAUUUUUUCACAGCUCACACUAUCUUACUUCUGACAUUAAUAUUAUGGAGACAGCUCAGGCUGCUGAGUUUUUUCUUUCUGAUGGAGUAGUCCUGACAGGGAAGACAACAGCGGAAGCCACAAGCUUAAAGGAAAUGCAAUGUGUUAAGGAGUCAGUCAAUAUUCCUGUUCUGAUUGGUUCAGGAGUAGACGAUGGUAAUAUGGGACAAUACCUUGGAGCAAAUGCUAUGAUUGUUGGGUCACAUUUCAAAGAGGAUGGUCAUUGGUCAAAUCCAGUCUGCUUUGACAGGGUGCGCAGUUUUAUGUCAAAGAUAGAACGAAUAAGAAAAUAGGUAACAAAUAAUAAAGAGACUGACUAAUUUAUUACAUUACUCCCAAAAAUUUUCCUGAGUACCAUUGCAAAAGUUGAUUCUCACAAAAAGAACACCAAGUGAUCAAAAUUAGCAUAUGUAAUCAAAUGGUGACAAGUGAAAUUAGGGAAUAAUUUCAUGCACAUUUUGUCCAAAUCCUAAUAAUUUCCCCCUCCUAAAGGCUCAGGAAAUUACCGUAUCAGGAUUUAGACAAAAUGCUAUUUGAUUAACUAUUAAUAUCAUGGGUGACGAAUUACAUUAGCAAUCAAGGAUUUUUAAUGGCAUAUUUAUCCUGGAUCAUAUCGUGCCAAAAUUAAGGAG